AUGGGAUUUCUUGGCCACAUUGUUUCUGCAGAGGGAGUUUCUGUGGAUCCGGCUAAGAUUGAGGCUAUCAGAGAUUGGCCUAGACCUAGUAGUGCCACCGAGAUCAGGAGUUUUCUGGGUUUGGCAGGAUACUACAGGAGGUUCGUCAAGGGGUUUGCUACCAUGGCGCAGCCGAUGACGAAGUUGACCGGGAAGGAUGUCCCGUUUGUUUGGUCAGCUGAGUGUGAGGAGAGCUUUAGUCAGCUCAAGGAGAUGUUGACUACUACACCAGUGUUGGCGUUACCCGAGCCAGGGAAGCCUUACAUGGUGUAUACAGAUGCUUCAGGCAUUGGUCUUGGUUGUGUGCUGAUGCAGGAGGGCAGAGUGAUAGCAUAUGCUUCGAGACAGUGGCAGGGCAGUGAGCGUAACCGUCCUACACAUGACUUAGAGUUGGGAGCAGUGAUCUUCGCGUUGAAGAUUUGGAGGUCUUACUUGCUAGGUGAGACAGUACAGGUCUUCACGGAUCACAAGAGUUUGCAGCAUAUCUUCACUCAGCCGAUGAUGAACGCGAGACAGACGCGCUGGGUUGAGUUCUUGGCGGACUAUCAGGUGAGCAUUAACUACCAUCCGGGCAAGGCUAACCUAGUGGCGGACGCGUUGAGUAGACGGAGGUAUGAUUCCGCAGUUGAGCGAGAUGUGGAGUCUCUAGUUGGCGAGAUCAGUACCUUGCGUUUGUGUGCCAUUUCGCAGGAGCCUUUGGGUUUAGAGGCAGUGGAUCAGGCGGAUCUACUUAGCAGGAUCAGAGUUGCUCAGCAGAGUGAUCAGAGUUUGCUAGAUGCGACGAGAGUGACUGGUUCUGAGUAUGAGGUCUCUGCGAAUGGGACUAUCUUGGUUCGUGGGCGAGUUUGUGUGCCUAAGGAUGUGGAGUUGAGACAUCAGAUUUUGGGAGAGGCUCACGCGAGCAAGUUUUCCAUUCAUCCGGGAGCGACCAAGAUGUACCAUGACCUCAAGAGGUACUAUCAUUGGGUCGGGAUGAAGAGGGAUGUAGCAGACUGGGUUGCGAAGUGCAACACUUGUGCCUUGGUGAAGGCAGAGCAUCAGGUUCCGGGUGGUCUUUUGCAGAGUUUACCCAUUCCAGAGUGGAAGUGGGACAGGAUUACGAUGGAUUUCGUGGUUGGACUACCUGUUUCGAGGACUUUCGAUGCUAUUGGGAAGUUUGUGCGAGAGAUUGUGAGGCUGCAUGGAGUGCCAGCUAGUAUUGUGUCAGACCGUGAUCCCAGAUUCACUUCAGAGUUUUGGAGAGCUUUUCAGGCAGAGAUGGGCACUAAGGUGCAUCUGAGUACAGCUUAUCAUCCGCAGACAGAUGGUCAGUCAGAGAGGACUAUUCAGACUUUGGAGGAUUUGCUGAGGAUGUGUGUGUUGGAUUGGGGUGGCCAUUGGGCAGAUCACCUGAGCUUAGACACCCCUAUGCUGGACCCAAGUGGGGGAGCGCAGCAUGUAUGGAGCUACUUAUGUUCAGGAGACGACAGAGAAGGUCGUGUUGUGAGGCUGAACAUGAAGGAGGCUCAGGAUAGGCAGAAGAGUUAUGCAGAUAGACGCAGACGAGAGCUUGAGUUUCAGGUGGGAGAUAGAGUUUAUCUCAAGAUGGCUAUGUUGAGGGGUCCUAACAGAUCCAUAGCAGAGAACAAGCUGAGUCCGCGUUUUAUGGGUCCGUUUCCAGUAGUGGAGCGAGUUGGGCCAUUGGCUUACAGGCUGGAGUUGCCUGAGAUUAUGAAAGCCUUUCACAAGGUUUUUCAUGUGUCGAUGCUGAGGAAGUGUCUUCACCCUACAGAGGAGUUAGUGGCUAGGAUUCCAGAGGAUCUUCAGCCAGAUUUGACAGUGCCGGCAGUGCCUGUGAGGAUUUUAGAGAGGAGGGAAAAGGUUCUGAGGAACAAGAGGAUUCCCUUACUGAGGAUUUUGUGGGAUUGCAGUGGUUCUACAGAGGAGACUUGGGAGCCAGAGGCAAAGAUGAAGUUGAAGUUCAGGAAGUGGUUCGACAAGCAGGUCGAGGAGAUUGCGAUCCUGAAUAACUCAUCAUGUUUUGGAGACUUCGUUCUCUGGCAGACUCUCUGGGUGCAAUAUAAGCAGCGGUUCAAGUCUGGGUGUAGUGGCCCAGUUUGGGAGGUGCAGACUUGUCUGGGUGUAGUGGCCCAGUACAAGUGGUUUGAGGUGAGGAUCUCCAGUGUUGCGGCCUUGCGAGGUCGGGAAAGGGGAAGACCUGAUCACGCGAUCAGUGGGUCAGUUAGACCGGUAGCUGUGCCGCAUGUUGUUGCUCCGGCUAUCCAGCCUCGGAGUCAGCAGCAGCAGCGCAAAGGUGGUGCGAGUUUCAGUUCUGGUUCUGGCAGGGGCGGGUUGCCUGCACAGGAUCAGAAGAGGAGUCGAGAUGAGAGCUCUGUAGGUAGUCAGGGUACUCGAGGUGCUUGUUACCGUUGUGGGAGUACGGAGCACCGUAUGGCGAGCUAUCCUAGGAGAGACGCGGUUCAGGAUGCCAGGGUGUGUUAUCAUUGCAGGCAGUCGGGUCAUCUCAGACCGGCGUGUCCCCAGUUGCAAAGGAUGGCAGUGGCAUUGAUUCAGCCGGUGAGUCAGAUUGCAGCGGUGCAGCCAGCGGGUCAGACUGAAUCGGCACCGCGGGGCUAUUCUUCGGUGGAGACCGGCGGGCAUAUCACAGGGACCUUGUUAGUGGGCGGUUUUGAGUCCCACGUUUUAUUCGACUCUGGAGCAUCGAAUUGCUUCAUUACACCGGAGCGUGCCGAGAAGAGUGGCAUCCGGAGUAGCGCUGGCGAGAGCGCGGGCAUGGUCAAGGUGGCGGGAGGUGGAUUCUUGUCUACUUUGGGCCGUGCUAGAGGAGUCGAGAUCGAGAUUGCGGGGCAGUCAAUGCCAGCAGAUUUGGUCAUCAGUCCGGUGGAGCUGUAUGAUGUUAUUCUCGGGAUGGACUGGUUGUCGCACUACAGAGUUCAUCUGGAUUGCUACAGAGGCAGAGUGGUCUUCGAGCGAGAUGCAGGAGGUUGGUUUAUCAGGGAGUGA